AUGUGUUGUGCUGUGCGGCUGGAUACAAUCUGCAGCAGGCCUCGGUCUGGAGGCGCUGGAAGGAGAUAAUUUUCUAGCCCUUGGAUCUCUCCUUUGGAUUCUCUCCAGUUAGCCCAUUAUCUUUCCUCAAGUGUGUUGCCCCAAACCGAACAAGACUUCAGCAGAAGCUCUACCAAAGCCAACUGGAGGGAGAGGACUCCUCAGCUGGUCUCAGUGGUGUCAGAAAGAUGAAUUUUCUCCUGAGCUUUUCUUCCCCACUCUGAGUUUUCUCAAGUACUUGUUCUCAACUCUGCCGCUGAUGUCCAUAUGAUUUGGUGUGGCUGUCCUCAUAAACUAAAAAAUAUGUCCAUCCGAGGCCUGAAGAAGAAACAACCGAAGACUUUUAAAGUCAAAAUUGUAACAGUGGAUGCUGAAAUGGAGUUCAGCUGUGAGAUGAAGUGGAAGGGAAAGGACUUGUUUGACCUGGUGUGCCGAGCACUUGGUUUAAGGGAGACUUGGUUCUUUGGCUUGCAGUACACAAUAAAAGGAAUGUGCACCUGGUUAAAGAUGGACAAAAAGGUUUUAGAUCAAGAAAUCCCCAAAGAAGAUCCCAUUAGCUUUCAUUUUUUGGCUAAAUUCUACCCAGAGAAGGUAGAAGAGGAACUAUUACAGGAAAUUACCCAGCACUUAUUCUUCCUUCAGGUUAAGAAACAAAUACUGGAUGAGGAAAUCUAUUGUUCUCCAGAAGCAACAGUUUUACUGGCUUCUUAUGCUGUUCAGGCCAAGUAUGGUGACUAUGACCCAAAUUUUCAUGAGCCAGGCUUUCUAGCCCAUGAUGAACUUUUACCCAAAAGGGUCCUGAGGCAGUAUCAGCUGACAGCAGAGAUGUGGGAAGAAAAGAUUACUGCUUGGUAUGCUGAGCACAGGGGUAUUGCCAGGGAUGAAGCUGAGAUGAACUACCUGAAAAUUGCCCAAGACUUGGAAAUGUAUGGUGUCAAUUAUUUUCCAAUUGCUCAAAAUAAAAACCAUACAGAUCUCCUACUUGGAGUUGAUGCCAAAGGUAUUCAUAUCUACAGCAUUAAUAACAGGUUCUCUCCAAAUAAGUCAUUUGAGUGGAGUGCUAUCAGAAACAUUUCCUAUAGUGAGAAAGAGUUAACUAUUAAACCUCUUGACAAAAAAGCAGAAGUGUUCAAGUUCUUUUCCUCUCAACUCAAAGUGAACAAAUUGAUUUUGCAGUUGUGCAUUGGAAACCACGACCUAUUUAUGAGGAGAAGAAAAGUGGACUCAAUAGAGAUCCAGCAAAUGAAAGCACAAGCCAGGGAAGAAAAAGCUAGAAAAAAGAUGGAGAAUCAAAGGCUGGCCAGGGAGAAGCAGCUUCGAGAAGAAGCUGAGCGAGCCAAAGAAGAGCUGGAAAGGCGUCUUUUCCAGCUGGAAGAUGAAGCCAGGCAGGCCAACGAGGCCCUGCUCCGAUCCCAGGAAGCAGCAGAGUUGCUGGCUGAGAAAGCUCAGAUUGCAGAGGAAGAGGCAAAAUUGCUGGCCCAGAAUGCUGCAGAAGCUGAGCAAGAGCGACAGAGGCUGGAGAUCACGGCUCUGAAAACCAAGGAGGAGAAACGCCUGAUGGAGCAAAAGAUGCGGGAGGCAGAGCUGAUAGCAGUGAAGCUGGUGAAGGAGUCUGACCGGAGAGCCAAGGAAGCAGAGCAUCUGAAACAAGAUCUGCAUGAAGCCAGAGAGGCUGAACGGAAAGCGAAGCAGAAACUCGUAGACAUAACCAGGCUUAAUUAUCCUCACAUGGUCAAGUACCCGCAAUACUCGCCAACUGACGCCAGAGAUGCCAACUUUGACAAAGGAUCCAUGAAACUGGAUUUGAAGGACAUUGACCUCAAGAGACUAUCCUUUGAAAUAGAGAGAGAGAGGCUAGACUACUUAGAAAAGAGCAGAAAAUUCGAAGACCGACUGAAAGAACUGAAGUCUGAAAUUCAUGCUUUGAAACUAGAAGAAAAACAGUCAGGGCUUUACUCUCAUUGGAAUGAAGUACUGGGAUCCUUGGAUCGCUCCUUGGGAAAUACCCCAUCAUGGAUGAAAACCUUCGAAACUGGAGAUUCAUUGGACAUAAAUCUUCAAAGACCUUUCCCUGCUUACUCGUUAAAUACUACAAGCAGCUGGCCUUGUACCAACAAAAUUCAAUACACGAUGCCAGUGGAAAAGUCAUCUUUUCAAGCAAAUUCCUUGGUUGCCAACAGUGUGGGCACAGGAACCAGAAAACAGAUUAUAAAGGUUCAGCAGCAUGACUCGGAUGUGAUCUACAUUUGAAGCCUCUCGUUUCCUUACCAGACUGGUAGAACCUGGUGGCCAUCUUUUUGGCUGCUGCAAAAUGCACCUAUACGAGGACGCUUGCGCAGCUCUGUCUGCUGACAGGCAUCAGCAUAAGAGACGUGGCACUGUAGUUAGUGGUGCCAUUCAGCUUCCAAGCAGAUAACAUAAGGUGGGAGCACUAAAACUGCCAGUGUAAAAUGGCGAGUGUCUUUGGGUACAUCGGUAAACAUACGAACCCAGAGGAGUGUUGUUUACUACUUAUGCACUUUUGAAGAAACACUUUAUACUUUGCUAAACCUUCUUCCCCCCAGGUGUUUUUACACACUGACUUAUCAGUAUGGUACUCUACUUUUGUAGAAAGGAUGCUAGGCAGCAAGUGUCCAGGAGAUGGUUGGGAUGAGAAAAAAAUUAUACAUGAGCUUGGUGUUUAGCUGCACAGUAGACUAAUUAUGUUUUUGCUUCGGUCCAUGGGACAUGACUCCCACAGAGCUGCUCAACAUUUUAGUGUUUGCCUGCCAAAUAUUUUCCUUUUCCUCCCCAAACAUUUCUUCGUUUGCUUAAUUGAUUUGCAUUUCUCUGAGAGAAAUAUCAGCUUUUAAUUCCAGACGUAGAAGUGGACAUCUUCAAAUAUCUCUCAUUCCUGGGGGAAUCCUUUGUUUGGAAUGCAAAGCUUCUGUUCUCUCUGCAGUUUCUGACUAGAUCAAGCACUUUCUGUUGCUUUUGCUGCUCCAGCAAACUUCGCAUACAUUAACUUGUUUCGCAGUUCUGUGUAACACAGCUUCCAAAUUAGACAAAGACAAAAGAUGCUAUUGGUGUCUGCUGAAGUUGGACUUGUUUUUUAUGGAGAGGUGCAUGCAGCAAAAUGUCCGCCUCAUUAGUAAAACCUACUUGCAUCUUC